ACUAGCGGUUAGUCGUGUAAAAACCUUCAAGACGUUAGAACUUGGUCGAAUCCUGAAAUUUCAAAAUGAUCGCGCGGGUAAAAAAGAAAUUCGUGUUGGGUCUAUUGGUAAUUUUAAAUUUGUCGACAACAGUUAGCGCAAAUGAAGGCAAAAAUGAAUCAGUCGUGAUGAAAAUCAAUAAUAUGACGUACAAUAUACAUCCAAGAAUGAUGAUUAGUCAACAUAACGCGAAAUUGAAAGAGAGGAAUGAAACAAACAUCAUCAGUAACGUAAACACAAGUGCAGAAGAAGUGAAUAUGACUGAGAAAUCACAGAAUAUGUCGAAGUCGAAUCCUGAUGAAAAAUCAGAGUCGAAAGCUCCUGCAUUAUAUUUCCCAUACAACCUCCGUAUAAUAAGUGAAAUAUUACAAAAAUUGGAGAACAAAGAAUGUGUAGCCGCUACAACUCAAGUCAUUGAAGCUAUGACAAGACAUGAAAGAUGGGCCUUAGAAUUAUUCGAUUCAUUUGCGAAAUUCCCAGUGGGCAUCUUAUACGGAAAUUAUUAUCAAAUGGGGAACUUCGACGAAUGCGUUGGCGUACGGAAGCAUAUCGAAAUGAAAGACCUUCAGGGUCAAUACUGUUUAGCGGACAUAUAUUUCAAACAAAAAAACGAAAGGGUGGAGAGGUCUAUAAAUCUACCACUGAAGAAAUACCGUUAUGCUUUCAACAACAGCCUACUACAUUGGGGCAUAUGUUUACCAUCAGCUUGUACGACGCUAGACUCUGAAAUUUUCACACGUGAAAUAUUCGCUUCUUCCGCUGAAAAUUUCGAAGUGGUUUCUGUUUCGGUAGAUCCAAUCAAAUGCACUGUCAAUAAAUCUCCGCCAUUCACCACUUUGGAAAUUGUUUACGGGUGUAUAAUAGGAUGUUUUCUCAUAUUCACAAUUCUAGCUACUCUCGUCCAUUGUUGUUACAUUCAGCAAAUGAGGAAGGCUGCUAAAUACAGUGUAGACACCCUCAGGCAUGAACAGUCUGAAAACGCUUUGAAAAAAAUUCUCAUUUGUUUCUCAAUUAUUCAAACUACUGGGAAGUUAUUGCAGACAAAAUCUAAUGAGUCAAACUUGGAAUGCAUCUGCGGAAUAAAGUGUAUAUCCAUGAUUUUGAUAAUCAUUGGGCAUUCGUUGGUGUUCAUAUUUGGUGGUCCAGUCGAAAAUAAAGAUUUUUUUGAAAAGGAGCUAACAAGAGUUGAAAAUGGACCUCUACUGAACAAUCCACUGCUGGUGGAUAAUUUUUUACUCGUAAGUGGCUUUUUGAUGUGUCGACUUCUACUAAUUGAAUUAGAAAGAAGGAAAGGAAAAUUGAACGUUGUCAUAAUUUAUGCUGCUAGAUACAUCAGAUUGACGCCUGUCUACUUGAUUGUUAUAGGGUUCUACACUACGUUUCUACACAGGACAGCAUCCGGUCCAUUUUGGGAAUCAAGAGUAGGCUUGGAACGAGAUAGAUGUUUGAACUCUUGGUGGACAAAUAUCUUAUAUAUCAACAAUUACGUCAACUCGGAUCAAUUGUGUAUGUUCCAGUCAUGGUAUUUGUCGGUCGACUACCAUCUGUUCAUUAUAGCUCCUAUUAUAAUAUAUCCUUUGUGGAGGUGGAGAAAAAUAGGAGAAAUCAUUCUAGUUGCUUGUACCUUAAUUUCGGGAGCAAUUCCCUUGUGGAUAACUUAUAUGAAGAAUUUGGAUCCUACCUUACUGGCGUAUCCCUCGGAGUUGGAAGACAUAUCAACAAACUUCUAUUACAUGAAUGCCUACAUAAAAACCCAUAUGAGAUCAAGUUCCUACUGUAUUGGCAUUUUCCUUGGGUAUUUGGUGCAUAGAUUACAAAGCUCAGGGAUAAAGAUGCGACCAUCCAUACUUACCUUAGGAUCAAUUUUGGCAACUUUAUUGGGAACUGUGUCGAUGUAUUCAAUAGUGAUAUUUUUUGAUCCAGGACAUACGGAAAACAUGAUUGAAAAUGCAGUUUAUGCUUCAUUGCAUAGAAUUGGCUGGAGCUUGGCCAUAGGAUGGGUAAUCCUAAUAUGUGUUACGGAUCAUGCAGGAAUAGUAAACAAAUUUUUAUCCUACAGAGCUUUCAUUCCUCUGAGUCGACUGACCUACUGUGCAUAUCUGGCAAAUGGCAUAAUUGAGAUCUAUAACAUGGGUAAUUUACGUUUUUUUUUUCAGGCAAACAAGUGUCUUGCCCAUGUGUUAUUAACCUACAGUAUGGCAUUUGUUCUUUGCAUCAUAUUCGAAUCACCUAUACACGGUUUGGAAAAAAUACUGUUGACCAAACACAAAGUCAAGGAAUUGAGGGAGAUUUCGUCACUAAGACCACUCGAAGGAACAUAAAAUUGAAGUAUUCAACAUAAGAAUAUCAUGUUCUUGGUGAAUUUUAAAGUUACAUCCACGCAUUGGAAGAUGAAUUUAUUAUGGGGUAUUAUCCAAUGAACUGUGCAGUAUAUAGAGGAUGAAGAAAAUUUAUUUAUAAGUUUAUUCUGUGAUUUUUUUGCUCAUAAAGGCAUUCCAAUUGAGAUAUACUUUACUUUCGGAAAUAAAAGCUACAGGGUUUUGAGACCUACCUAAUGAUGUAGACAAAUAAUUGCUUACAAAUAUUUCUUUUGCAUAACAGCAUAAUGAUGCUUUGUGACUAUCUUAUUUCAGCAAUCGAAUAGUGAAUGAAUUUUCUGCAUCUGGUAAUAUUACAAUCAAAAACAGAAUUGAAAUAAACUCUCACACCCCUCAUGGCUUUCCUGAAUUGUAUGCAAAUCUGUUUUUAUGAUAAAUGGAUUAGUGAAAUUGUGUAAUUUCGAAAAAAAAAAUAGAGAAAAAUAUCAAAUCUUGAGGUUCCUCUGAAGUCUCUGUAGUAGUGUAUAAAUUUUUUUACAAUAGAUGGCAACCACUGAAAUAAUUAUUCCUAACGAAAUGAAUCAAAAGAAGUCAUCUGCCACUGCUUGAAAAUGCCAACUUUCUUCAUAAUUGACGUGAUUAUUGAUUAUAAAAAUGUUUGAUUAAAACUCUCAUGUUUCGCAAAAAACAAAAAGUGAAAAUUAUAUUUCUAAACACAGUUUGGGAAAACACGUCGAAAGAUAAAUACAUCCACCAUUCCUUACCAGUUUUUCGAAGACUUCUGAGCACAUUAGAUGAUUUUACGUUAAAACAACUUGACGCAGUAAGAAAACGAAGUUUGCCAAGUUUAGAAAAAUUCGGGAAUUGAAAUAAUUAUAUAAUUAUAAUUUAAUUUAAAAGAGUUUUUUACUUCAGUAUCUCGAAAAUCGCACUGGGUUUUUUCUGGAGUGUAACUCUUGUCCUGGAAAAAAUGUCAAAUAUAGGUACUAUACGUUUUUUGUGAGACUGUGAAAAAGUGCAUUUUUUAUAUUUUCGACGAUAACUAUGAAGCUUCAAAUCUUUCACUUUUUCACUGACAUAGAAAAAUGAACCACAUAGUAUCUUUGAUGCGUUACUACUUUCUGUUCAGAUUUUCGAGGUGAACUUAUGAAAACAUUCAAUUCUUGAAUUUUCAAUUGAAAACUAGGAAAGCUUUAUUUUUUGUACAUCAGGUUGAGAUUUUCAUAGAUGACGUCAUAGUACCACAAUUUUCAAUUUGGUGAAUUGCUACUCCACCAUUUUGGAAAGAAAUGGGCAUUUGUGUUAUUUCGUAUAUACAGGGUUAUUUUUAGAAGUCUUUGCUUGGAUUCAUUUCCAAUCAAACCAAAAUAGUUUUUUAAAUGUUUUUUCAUUAGAAAUAUCGGGUCAAAUGAAUUAUACCUCCAUGAUGGAUUUUAAAUUCAAAAAAAUACUGAAUGGAACUGUGUACAAUGAUUUCGUUGCCACCUGGUAUAGCUGCUAUCGUUUUGCAACUUCUUAAACUGAUUUAUUAGAAGUUCCAGCUCAUGGAAAAUGUAUUUUUCCACAAUCUAUAAAAAUUCCUUGAUCAUUAAACAAUCUAAGAAGACUUCUAAGAAAAUUUGUAAUGAGAAGACUGAUUAAAACAUUCGAAAUUG